CAAACAGGCACUCCUCGAGUUCUUCCUUCUUCCUUACAAAUCCCUUCAUUAUGGGCAUAAACUCCAAUAUAUCAGUUCUAUAUAGCAGUUGUUACUCAAAAUGAAGGACCUGUUCAUUUGCAUAUUUUGCUCAUUCAAAAUCAUUAAAACGAUUUAGGUUUCAUAGUGAAUGAUAAGUUAGCGGAAUUCAACGACUUUGGAUUGUUAACAUCCAUACAUCUUUCUCCUAGGAAGCAAACACAACACUCCACUGAUCGUGCCCUGGGUUCUUACCAUAAUUUUCUUUCCUUUCUAAUUUCUAUAUUUUUUAUUUUAUUAUUAAUUGGAUAUUAUUUUCCUCAGCUGAUUAGUAUACAUGGUAGCCAAUUUUUUGUGAAUUACAUAUUUUUUUCCUAAUUUGGACUAAAGUCUGAAACCGCUGACAAAGAUUAGUGUCCAAGUCAAGCAAAUUAGUCAGAGAAAUUUAGUUAGGAUAGUGGAAGAGGAAGACAUAAGUGUUGGUGGCAAGCCCCUUGGUGCAAGGCGCUGAAUUGGUCAACAUUCAAGUUCAUUCAGGCACUUAGUGUGACUUUUGAAAAGUUUAUUCCAUCUGUUUGUUCCUUUACAAAAAAUUGCUUAUGUUACCCCCCAUCAGACUUCUACUGCUUUAUGACCCGAAGCUUGUUGAAGCCUGCAAGAAACCAAGUCUUUUAAUGCUUUUUUGCAAAAUUCUUCUAGUCUAGGGCGGUUCAAGUUUCUUAACAAAUACUAGAUUCAUUUGUUUAUUCUUGGUCUUCGUCCCCCACCAAUAAGUCUCAAGUGAUGGGUGCAUUCAUCUUCCUUUUCCUCUUGUGUGUUUUCUGCUUCCAAAGUAAGGUGACCUAUGCUACAAGGUGUGGAGAUGCAGGCCCUGAAAUCCACUAUCCAUAUCAGAUAAAAGGUCAACAGCAGCAGCAUAAGUCCCUUCCUGGUUUUGAGCUUCUUUGCAAAGACAACCUCACCACUAUCCACUUUCCAUCUUAUGGUGAUUUGGUAGUGAAGUCCAUUUCCUAUGACACCAAAAACAUUCACCUCCUUGACCCCAAAAACUGUGCCCAUCAUGUCUUUCUCAACCUCAAUCUCUCCCUCACACCGUUCCACUAUUUUUAUGUUCUGAAAAACUACACAUACCUCAAUUGCUCCACCACCCUUCCACAUCCUCUCGUGGAGGUUCCGUGUUUAAGUGCUUCAAGCUAUCAUGUAUACACAGUUGACCCUGCAGUGCCUGUGCCGGGUUCAUGUGAUGGAGUCAAAACCGUAGCCAUUCCUUUUGCAUAUAGCCCUUAUCUCUCAGACAAAAGUCUUGGUCUUAGAUUAACAUGGCACUUGCGUGAACCUCUAGACAACGAAGCAGCAGUGAACCGGACUAGAGGUUCCUACAAAUCGCGUAAUAUAGUUAUAGGCUCUAGCAUCUGUGUUUUCGUGAUGGCCAUGCUAUUGCUUAUAAGCAUGAAGGUUCGUGGUGCCACGAGGAACCUCCAUCAGAAAGAAGGACAGUUAUUGCAGAGCUAAACGGAUUUCUAGCUAACAGUAAUAGUAAUAGAUAGACUUUUUCAACAACAUUCCUAUAGUUAUGUAAUACUUUCUACUUUUUUUUUCCCUCUCUUCCUGUAAUAUGACGUUACGGGUUACAUUUUCCACUCAAAUAUAUUUUCUUAUCUCACGUAACCUAGUGAGUAUAUGAAUAUUGAAUACAGUCAUUUUGACUCUGUACGAGUUGUGUGAUACUUAGUUACUUCAUGUUUGGUACUGAAUUAAAAAAAUUUGUUCUUGUUA